AUGCGUGCUACCAGCGUCACGCAGCGGGCGGGAGUCAUCGUGGGCGACACGCUGCGGCUGCAGGCAGCUGCAGUGUCCAGUGCGCCGCACGAUCUGGGGCUCCUCUGCGUCAUCCUGAUCGCGCAUGCUGCGCUGGGCAUGCUGCUGCUCGAGGCGGCGCUGUGUGCCGCCGAGCGCGGCCCUCCGCUCGCCCGCAGCGCUUUUCUCGCCGCCCGUGCCGCCUGCCCUGUCGCGGCCCGCCUGCUGCCCGUUGCGGCCGCGACGGUGCCGGUCAGGCAUGCCCCUGCCGCGCGCUCAGUGCUCGUGUUCGCCGUCACACAGUGGUGGUGGAGCGCGCUGUGGGGCCUAAUCGCCCUGCUGCACAGG